AUGGCCAGCAUAACUUCUAUAAUCUCUACAAAUUCAUCUAAAAAUGGAAUAGUUGAUGAUUUUUCAAGCAUUGAAGAAGGAAAACAUGGAACUAUUCAGAGUCCUUUCCUAUCUGCUUUCCAAAAGAUUAUAGCUGAGCUGGUGGGAACCUAUAUUUUCAUAUUUGUGGGUUGUGGAUCAGCUCUUGUUGAUAGAGAAAGGACACUCACUAUUGUUGGUAUAGCAUUGGCAUGGGGUUUAUCAUUGAUGGCUCUAAUAUACACUCUAGGUCAUGUCUCUGGCGCCCAUUUCAACCCUGCGGUCACCAUUGCCUUUGCUGCAGCUCGAAAACUACCAUUAAUGCAAGUGCCUAUGUAUGUACUACCUCAAUUCUUGGGCUCUACACUUGCAAGUCUUACCUUGAGAGUGUUAUUUAAUCAUCAAGGUGACAUACUACCAAUGUUAACUCAGUACAAAAGUCCAGUCACUGAUUUUGAAGCUAUAUUUUGGGAGUUCUUAAUGACUCUCAUUUUGAUGUUUGUGAUCUGUGGAGCUGCUACUGACGAUCAAGCGACCAAAGAGGUAGCUGGAGUUGCAAUUGGAGUGACAUUAGUGUUUGAAGUCCUUAUUGCAGGGCCAAUUACUGGAGCUUCAAUGAAUCCAGCAAGAAGUUUAGGCCCUGCAAUAGUCUCAGGUGUCUAUAAGAACCAAUGGGUCUUCGUUAUUGCCCCGAUUCUUGGAGCCAUGACAGCAACUGGGAUAUAUAGCCUUCUCCGACAACCAAAGCAGAAUACGAAAAUCUGAAGCAUAAGAUGUAUACCAACAAGUACGUCGGAGAUUAUGUAA